AUGCAGCAUAUUGAUAUGCGGGAUAUGAAUGACAAGGUGGUAUGGAGAUCUUCAGCUGGUAAGGAAUUGGAUUAUAGUACUUUUAAUGUUUGGGAUGAUAUUCGGGUCGCUCAGAAUGAAGUUCAAUGGUCGUCUAUGGUUUGGUUUCCUCAAUCUAUUCCACGCCAUUCGUUUUUCAUGUGGCUUUUGGUUAACAAGAAAUUGAAGACACAGGAUGUAAUGGCUAGGUGGUGUGCGUCGGGCAACAUGAAUUUCAAUUUGAUGUGCUGUUCCUUGUGUUCGUUGGGGCCGGAUUCUCAUGAACAUCUUUUCUUUGAAUGCACGUAUGGAUCUCAGGUUUGGAAUGGAGUAAAAGAUAUAGUGGGAUUAACGUCAGUCGAUAACUCUUGGGAUAUGAUCUUUAGUCAUCUGGUUCAAGUUGCUAAUUCAAAGAAUGCUAUGCAUGUGAUCAGCAAGUUGGUUGUCAGUGUGGCAGGGUAUUUUGUUUGGCAAGAAAGGAAUCUCCGGUUGUUUACGUCCAAAAAACGAAGUGCUGCUCGGCUAGUCGAUAUUAUUUUAGCUACAGUUCAGAUGAAACUUCAUACGAUGCGGUUUAAAAGACCAGUCAAGUGGAGGGGAUCCUACAAGAUUGGAGCUUGCCUCGAGGUUUAA